AAACAGUUAAGUUUGCUGUACAAAAUGACUUUAGUUGCUCAAAAAAGUUUAUUUUUACUUCUUGUUUCUAUUAUUGCUGUUUUUGGUGACUUUGAAGAUUCAAUUACUUUUACAGCAUUCACCAAAGAUGGCGAUAACUUUGUGUCGACAUUCGAUGACAAUCUCACGGAGCGUGGAUGUAAUUCUAGUGAAAAGGUAGCGGUCGUUGUUCACGGAUGGGGUGAAAGCAUGGAAACCAAUUGGGUUAAUGAUCUAAUUAAAAAUCUACGUGAAUAUCGUGGCGGAUGUAUAAUAUUCAUGGAUUAUUCCAAUCACUCUAUCGACAGAGAUUAUUUCAAUCUCGUGAGAAAAUUUGGUCCAAUAUCGAGUGUUCUAAUAAGGAAAUUAGAUCAAUUAAAUAAUCAAGGAUUUGAUGAUAAAAACAUGUUUAUGUAUGGAUUCUCGUUUGGCGCUCAGCUCUCAAUUUAUGCUGGCAUGUCCUUUGGGAAAAACCGAAUCGCUGAAAUGGAUUUGUGCGAUCCAGCCGGGCCAGGAUUUGUUUUGGCAUUCGAGCUCAGACCAACAUUUGCUGCUAAAAAUGUUCAAUGCAUCCACACAAGCAGUGCAAAGGGAACAAUGAAACGAAAUUGUCAUCAAGACUGGCUUAUGGGUAAAUGUGGUCGAUCACAAGAUGCAGCCGGAAUAUUUCCGCGAGGCAGUCAUGGUUUGUGUCCAAAAUUUUACAAUUCAGCAUUUACAAACAAUUUUUAUGCAACAGAGAACAUGUAUCGUUGUCCAUCGCGACGUGUUGCUGUGAAUGUGCCAAAGAAUUUCAAAAUGGGCUACAUGGAAACAAGGAAGAAUAAAGUGUUUGGUGACUUGUUUUCACCUACUAGUGAGUGCUAUCCAUAUAAUAAUUUGCCAGCGGCUGGUAUUGAUAAUAGACCAGGUCCAUUUGCUAGAAUGAGAAGACAAAGGCUUACACAAGAGCUAAGGAGAUGUGAAGCUUAAAUUAAUGACGUCUAGGGAAGAUGAGAAGCUAUUUUUAAUACGUCAUAUGUGACAAACCCCAAAGCAAACAGUUUUAAAAUUUAUACAAAAUAAAAUUAUGUUAUUCAUGAACCUAGCCAUGUAAUCUAAAAUUAAAAAUCAUUUUAAAAUAUUCUUAGUCACACAAAAUGUUACAUCUAUGCAUUGAAAAGCGGAGGUUAAAAUGAUUGUGUGAAUUUAUUUUCGCAUGUAAAUAAUUGCUGCAAUUUUAUAAUAUAGAUUAGUUGAUAUGUUUAAGUGUUUACCGGUAUUUAAAUGUUUUGAGAUAAUUUUGUUGGCAAAAUAAUUCCAACAUCUACAAGUAAGCUCAUAUGUCAACCUUCUUAGAAGAUGUAUGGAUUAAAAGUGGAUUAAAUUUGUCUGAGCAACAAAAUUUCAUGUUAUUUGACAAAAUAUUUGUCUAUGUAUUAAUAUUAAUUGCCUUUAAUCGUUUUUAAUUGAUGGAAUUAAUUUUACUGAUAAGCUACUGUAGCUUUACUUUUAUACAAACUCUAAUUGGAUUUUCUGAUUUCA